GUGAUAAAAGUUAUUACAGAUAUAAUAAUAAUUACGACAGAUGUAUCAUCUAUAAGAUCCAUCACAAAAUAUUAUAAGGCUACAAUAUCAAUUGCUAGGAAUGAGUAAACUUUGAUGCUGUUAAUAUUUAUUAUAUAGAUAGUAUAAGUCAAAAUUGUUAAUGCGAUGUAUAAAAAUUGUUAUGACUCUAACAAAAACUAACUAAAUAACAAUAAUUAUUAUUUUUACAACAAAUAUUAUUGGAGCUUGUAGUGAAUUUUACCAUAACACAUUGUAACAAUUACUCGGUCCGGAGUCAACGCCAUCGGUAGUUCCAUUUUUUAAGAUAGAUAGCGUUUUAAAGAACUGUACACUGAUUUUGUAUGAUUACUAAUAAGUUGUAAGCAGCUGACAUUACGAGCACUUGGUAUAUACUCGUACCAGAUAUUACUUUAUUUAGCGGAAAGUACGUGGUCAUGCAAGCGAAACAAAACUGCAAGAUUAGAGUUAGGCGAGCAGCAUCAUACACAUACAUCAGGGUAAUGAAAUAGUUGGUCAGUAACUAACUGCGAAAACAUAAAAAUUUACGUUUAACAAGUGAUAGGAUAUAUAGUAAGAAGUGUGUUAAAUUGGAUUUUAUAUCAUGUUUUUCAUCUUCUUUUGGAUCGCAGUAAAAUUUACUAUAACUACAUAAUAAAAUUUUAUGAAGCCUAUACUAAAAAUUAUUGCAAUAUAGAAAUGUGUCCUCGCUUUAUCAAAGUUCAUAGUAAUUUUUUUACAAUUAUAGUAAAUUUUAUAAAGUAAUUUCUGUCAGUGUAUAAAUUAGUCGUAACUCUAACAACACAUACGUCAGCGAAUAUACACUUGACUGGUUAUGUAUACUAAUUACAUAAUAUACUCGCUUUUUUACUAUACUCAUCAUUUUUUAUAAGAGUUUUCAGUGGCGACCUUGACAGACGUUGUUGAAAGAUAAUAAUCUGGCGCUCUUGUUAGUCCUGGUUGGAAUAGCAUAGUAAGCAGUUUGUGCAUGCGAUGUAUGAUUCGACAAAACCGUUUGCUAGUCGUGUCAAUGUGUAAUAUUGAAUACGUCAAACAGUGUGUAUUUCAUUCCGAUAUAGUAGAGCCUCAAUAGUUUUCAAAUGGAAAAGCACUAUAACUGAGGUCGAUUUCUUUUGGUACAUCGAUUAGGAAUUUCAUUUUAUUUUUGCCUUUGCGUUGUUUGAUUCAACAAUCUAUCCGUCUCUUUCCUUAAUCUUCAUUGAACAGGUCAAUGUUACAGUCAUUCUUAUAAUUUAAUAUUCACGGAUUGUAAACAAUUAAUUUGAUUCGUAAUUAUUCAUCGGUUCUUGGUCGUUGCGAGGGAAGAUUAUCUUGUCAAGACGCUUAACAAAGUGCAUAUUUAUUGCCGUUGCAUUGCAAUAUUUAUUGAUGUUACAUGCAACAUUCUUUCCGGAUGAAGAGUUCAGUAAAACGACUUAUAUCGCUCAAAGUAUGUUCGUAGAAGUCACGAAGAAGUUAUUGAAAUUCAGUAGAAUACAAUAAACGAAGAUCAACAGGUUAUAAAAUUAACUACAAUUUGUAACCUGAUAUGAAGACCCCAGGCGAAUCAAUUAAAGAUUAUGUAAAUGGAGGUAAUUCUGCAAUCUCUGGUCAUACACUAAGAUCAUCUGCGUCACAGUGUUCGGCCGCUCUUGCAACGAAUCUUAUAAAAUUUACUUUUGGAUCGUUUUUCGGAAUUACAACGAUUCUCGUAGCAGAACUUCACAAGGAGAAUGCGGAAAUUGAAAUUUCACUGGGUGAACUAACAUGGUUUGGCAGUCUAUGCUUCAUGGUGCCAGUGGGCUCCAUAUUGAUGGGACUAAUAGCUCAAUAUCUAGGACCCCGUCGGUGUUUGCUUCUGACGACGGUCAUGUUUAUUACUUCUUGCGGCAUAUUUUAUUGCGCGAAUAAUUCUACCAUGCUCCUGAGCGGGCAAGCUAUCGCUGGGUUAGCUGCGCCAGCAACAAUAGGACCCGGAACUACGUACAUCGUCGAGACAGCUCAACCACAUUUGAGAAGUGCGUUGGUGGCUUCUACAAAUCUAUCCGUAAUCGUCGGCGCAUUUCUAACGAUUCUUUACAGCAACUGGCUUCACUGGAGAACAAUCAUCUUGAUAGAUCUCGUUACUCCAACUCUCGGAUUCUUCGCGAUGUUCAUGAUUCCCGAAAGCCCACACUGGCUCGCAAGCAAAGGAAAAUUGGACGAAGCAGAGAAAGCCCUGUCGUGGCUACGUGGCUGGACCACAGCGGAUAACGUUUCCGAGGAAUUCAACUCGUUGAAGGAAACUUAUAAAAUGCCAGAUGAGAACUCAUCGAGUCGACCGAGAGAUUCUUACAGAACAGCUCUGAAGCCGUACGUCCACAGAACAUUUUAUCGACCUCUCGCUACAGUUGGCUGCAUGUUCGUCUUGCACUCUUGCACUGGAUUCAGCGCAAUUAUAACAUAUUGCAUGGUUAUAUUCAGAAUUAUCGAUGCGCCUAUAGAUAGCCAUUUAGCGGCAUCGCUCUUCGACGUGAUGCGCAUCACCGGGGCCAUACUUUGCAUUCUGUCUGUUCACCGCACCGGGAAAAGAAAAUUGACGUUCGUUUCUUUGAUUGGAGCAGGCUUGUUAUAUUUCACAAUAGCCGGGCUGUUGUUUUUGAAAACACAAAGUAGUUAUGCCGAUUACGCGUACACCAUUAAUUGGAGCGCGACCGUUCUAGUGAUAUUUUCAACGUUCUUGACGUCAGCCGGUGUCGACAAAGCCAUCUUUAUGUACAAUGCUGAAUUGUUUCCUACAAAGUUUCGAAACGUUGGUACAGGAAUCGGUCUAUUUAUACACGCGAUUGGCGGCGCUACUAUAAGCAAAACGUAUUUGUAUCUAGAAGAAGCUGUCAGUUUGUCGGGAACUUUCGUCAUUUUUGGUAUUUUCUGCUUUGUUUCUUGCGUUACAUUUUACUUUCUUCUUCCGGAGACUGAAGGUAAAACGUUGCAAGAAAUCGAAGACCACUACAAUAAAACAACUACCAAGGAUACGUCUCUUUGAUAGUAAACCAUUCAAGUAUGAAAACUUAUUAUUUGUGAUAAGAUUAGCGAAGAGAAAUGCGUUGUAUUUAAAUAAAUACAACCAACUAGUUUUUUAAUGUCACUGCUACCAUUAUUCUCGAAAGCAUUACUCGGGACCCAGAAGUCCGUACAUCAGUUCAUGCAUCGCACAAGAGGCUUCACUUGAGACUUAACAAACAUUGACUUAUCCGGAAUGAUAUCGAACUAUUAUGAGGGAGUAUGAACGGGCCGUAGACCAAUGGCUCUAGCCGACUUUAGGCAGUGAAAAACAGUCGAAGCUGGCGCGUAUAAGGGAACGAAGAUAACGCGGAGCCGAGAGUGGCAGCAUCGAUAUGAAACACGCCUGCCGAGGCUUUUGCACAUUGUCUGCUGUGUUCGGCGUUGGGCUUUUAAUAGCCGACCAGUACUCACUCAAACCUCGAAUUAUUUUAUAAAGCAGCGCCGGUGCCGACAGCUCGGCUAAUUCCAUCAGCUGCGUCGGCGGCCGCCCACUGCAUUACCCUCUACGCACUCUUUGCUUUUCAUCAACCCUUUCUGCCCGGCCACUCGCGCCCGCCCGAGCUUAUUAUGUUUCCAAUAUUGUGUUUCAAAUUUAUGCAUUUUCUCCCGUCAUUAGCGCGAUAAAUUCGUUAGCUCGCGUCAAAAGUUUCCCCGAGUUCCGUUCUUUCCUGAUCGCACAUUUUCGAUAAACAAAUGAGAAUUUGAAAGUAGUUCUCAGCCAUCGUCCUGAUUAUGUCCUCGGUACAGCCGCUUGUACUUUAAAAGAAGAGUUCCCGCCCGUUUAUCAGCGCAUUUCGCAACUUGGAACUACGUGAGAGAGUCUGUAGAAUUUAUACGCCUGGAAGAUUUACGCUUCCACUAUUAACGCAUUAUUGAAAGUCAUAAUGGCCACCCCCUCCUCCUCCUGCGAGAGACUCGCUUAAUAGUGCUGCAUCCGCGCUCAGUUCUCACGUGCAAGUUAAGGAUGACUUUACGCACGGAUGAUAACAGUUCUUCACUUUACUUUUCACUGCUUCAAAUUUUAAUUUCCCUUGAUAACUUUUUACAUCUCCUGCGUGGUAAACAUCGUAAACUGUAUAAUACGUUUCUUCUUUGAAUAGUAGAUUGAAAAGAGAAUUCUAUAGAUUAAAUCUCAAGUUGCAAACAUCGAAAUGGUGACAUUUACAGUGGUCAUUCGAGCGGACUUGGGCUCCAGCAAAAAAAGUGAGAAAUUGGCUUUGAUAACAUGUAAAUUUGAAAGGAAUCCGUUGGUCUGGCGAAUCGAAGCCACCUUUGCUCUUGCUCCCUCGCUUUCUCUCGAUUAAAAUUUAAUCUGGGCGGUGGCGGCGCGAGCUGGACAGAGGGAGGAGUUAGCUCGUAAAACGCAUCUGCGGAAUGUAAAAUACGUAGGUAAUACUGUUACGACGAGCGAUUUAGUCCGGGUAGCAGCACAGCCACGAGAGAGAAAGAGAGAGAGAGAGAAACCGAGGGUGCUGUAACUUUCAUCGACAGAGCUUUCCUCCUGGCUAUAGGUACGCGGGCAGAAAACGGCGCCUAGCGAGCUUUCAAGCUGACAUCGUUAAAUUGCCGAUACGUAUGGCGCCAGAGAGAAAGGGAAAGUGCGCGACGCGACUCGUCGCUCGCUGAGCUUUCGAUCGCUUCGUCACGAGAGCGCGCCCGUCGCUAUGCGGAGGAGCACGAUAAGUUUUAUCGGACACUUGGGCCGUACGCGAAUGUACCCGUAAGCCUGCGAUCUCCCGCCCCUUUGUCGCGCCGGCAGCCUGUUUUCCUCGCUGAUAGCCCUCGCUGCUCGAAAUUAUUCAGGGAUCGAGCUUUUUCAUCCUCCUUCGCUCGCUCCGCGCCUAGGACUUUGCAAGGGGACACGCACCGUGCCGUCGCGGCUACUACACCCAGCUUCCAAAUAUAUUGAAGCAAUUUCGUGAACUCGCGCUGGAUUGGUUUAUUUAUGUGCUGCGCAGCCAUGUUCUUUUCCUACUUUCCUCGCUCCCUCUGCUCUUGCUCUCAUCGUUUCGUCUACUUCUGUAUUCAUGCUUAGCAUAUGCCUAACAUAAAUAUUCAUUUACAAUCAUAUUACCAACGAGUCGUUUGAAUAUUUUUCUCCGCGCUAUGACGAUGUCACGGCAAACAUUGAUUCAAACAUCUACCUUACUCCAGUCAUUGUUGAAUGCGUUUGUUACUCGGAUGACAAUUUUUUAUUUCACCUGUAGUUUGACGGUUAUAAACACGUAACAUAUAAAUCAAAAGUAAGCCAUAUCCUUUCUUAUCCGAGCUACAAAUCUUAUAGCAAGUUAUUGAAGUGCCAUCCGUUCAAACGUGAACGGAAUCUUUUGAUCGGCAUUUUUUUAUUCUAUAAUAAUCAAUACUCGGAGUCUUGGAAAGUAUUCUUGUGCGGUUGGUAACGGAAAAGACAAUUUAAUUACAAUAAGACGUCACUAUUUUAAAACUUUCGAUCGUUACUGCAAAAAUACCUACUGCUAGAUCAUAAAAUAUUGUCAUAAUUGUUUCACCCUUCGCGACAUAAUUCCUUUCACAAUAGCAACCGAAGGACAAAAUAACAGUUAAUCAUCGAUCAACGGAUUGGUUUAUUUCAUUUUCAACUCACAAUGGCUAAAAUCUAAACAAGUAAACAUUUAACUAACUUUCGAUCAUUCAUCGUAUUUAUCAUACUCCUAUAAUUAAUAAUCAUACUAUUAUAUUAUAUCCCCUGUGGAUUCAAUUUGUAAUCUCUUAUGGAUGAAUGCGAUUAUUUGUAUUGAAUAGAAAGGAGAUAAAAGAAAAGGCAUUUAAGAAAACCAGUAGAAAUUUAUCUAAACGAUACUUUCUGGAUCCGAUAAGACUAAUGGGGCAACAGUCUCGUACAAGCAGUAGGUUUGUCGACAGCAUAAAGCUAAUAAGGUUUAGGUGCGCCACAAAGUGUUCGGUACAUUAGUUCGGGUGCGUUAAAGAGCUACUAAUAGAGGCACAUAACGCGUGUGACGCGUAUCACGAAAGUGAGGCAUAUAUUCUUUAGACGGAACGUGUGCAAAAGCGAGUCAGUGCAACCACGAGUGUGAGAGAGAGAGAGAGAGAGCCUUGGGUUACUGGUUUAUGGCUGCAAGUUAACGUCCCUAUGUUAAUGUCAGCUAACAGGAGCUGCGUGCCGCUCGCAAGAGAGAAAGCACUUUUACGCUUUACGAGUCCACUUGGCGAAAACGGCCGGAUUAUCGAACGAACGUAGGCCGCCUCGUACGCGCGUGCAGCGAGAACAAGUGGAUUAGCAGCAGAACAUCUAAUACACUGAAAACGUAUAUUGGUUGAUUCAACAGACAUCAGUCCGUUGAAAUACGGUAACAAAGGAAUCGUUGGUUCUUUCAAGAGCACCCGGUAUAUUGAUUUGACAGACUGUGCGCUGUUAAGUUGUCCCAUGAACCCAAUCAAAAUAACUCUUAGUUCGGGGUAAAAACAAUCGAUAGAUCUGGUCAAAGAAAAAUUCCUAGUACUUAUUUUAAUACGAAGUCAGAUGCUGAAUCAUUGUACUAAUGUUAAUUAAACGAACAUAAUAAACGAAAUUGCCAUUAAAAAUUUGUUUUUUCAAGUUUUUUUAUACUCUUUAUGAAUGAUAUGAACGAAUGUGUAUUUGAAAUGUUUAUUUUUAGAAUCUUAGAAUUUUUUAUUCGCUAAUUUUUUUUUUUGAGUGAUGAGUUUUUUGUGGCGGAAUCGGAGAUGCUUACUUUAACCUAAUCUACAACUUAUAUUAACGCAUUUCAUAACAUAUCACAUCGCUCGCAACAAUCAUAACGCCAAGACGCCAUUUUCGCUUGCCUGUAGGGUCCCAAAACUUUCUUAUAUAAUAAUCGAAACAUAACCUGUGUACUUGCGAGUAUUUCAUUAGCCACCUAUCUGAGUAGUAGGAAGCUUGCUUUUCAAACAGUUGGCGGGAAAUAUUUAUAGACACAGAUAUGAAAAAUUUCCACUAAGAGAUAUGGACAAAUAUGAUUUUGUUUUAGACUCGAAUGAAUAAUAGCUGCCAUCAGUUUGAAUAAAACAGUAAAUUAAAUACCAAAAACGAUUGUAGUAUUAUUAUUAGCCAAAUUUUACUGGAACAAAUAGAUUUUAAU